GCCCCGAGCGGAGCGCGGCCAUGCCCGGGCCCUAGCGCGCUGCCGCAGCCCGCGCCCGCCGCCGCUUCUUCAAUGGGCAACCUGCUCGGCGGGGUCAGCUUCCGCGAGCCCACCACCGUGGAGGACUGCGACUCCACCUGGCAGACCGACUCGGAGCCCGAGCCCGAGCCCGAGCCCGAGCCCGAGCAGCCGGGGCCGGCAGGCGGUGGCGAGGGCCAGGAGGAGCACGACGAACCGGAGCAGCCCGAGCAGCCUCCCGAGAGAGCCGGAGGGCGGCCCCGAGCCAGCCCCGUGCCCGAGGACCAUGCCGAGGCGGGGGCCGCCGAGCAGGGUGGUGAUCCCACAGAAGCCCCGGCCAAACCAAAGAGGAGCUUCUAUGCUGCGAGGGAUUUGUACAAAUACCGACAUCAGUACCCACAGAACUUCAAAGAUAUCCGAUAUCAAAAUGACUUGAGCAACCUUCGCUUUUAUAAAAAUAAAAUUCCGUUUAAGCCAGAUGGUGUUUACAUUGAAGAGGUCCUAAAUAAAUGGAAAGGAGACUAUGAGAAACUGGAACACAACCACACUUACAUUCAAUGGCUCUUUCCCCUGAGAGAACAAGGCUUGAACUUUUAUGCUAAAGAGUUAACUACAUAUGAAAUUGAGGAAUUCAAAAAAACAAAAGAAGCAAUCAGAAGAUUCCUCUUGGCUUAUAAAAUGAUGCUGGAAUUUUUUGGAAUAAAGCUGAUUGAUAAAACUGGAAAUGUUGCUCGGGCUGUAAAUUGGCAAGAAAGAUUUCAACAUCUGAAUGAGUCCCAGCACAACUAUUUAAGAAUUACACGGAUUCUGAAAAGCCUUGGUGAGCUUGGGUACGAGAGUUUUAAAUCUCCUCUCGUAAAAUUUAUUCUCCAUGAGGCUCUGGUGGAGAACACUAUUCCCAACAUUAGGCAGAGUGCUCUGGAGUAUUUUGUUUAUACAAUUAGAGACAGAAGAGAGAGGAGAAAGCUCCUGCGCUUUGCCCAAAAACAUUACACUCCAUCAGAGAAUUUCAUUUGGGGGCCGCCUAGAAAAGAACAGCCAGAGCGAAGCAAAGCCCAGAAAAUGUCUACUCUACCCACUUCAGGUUCGAACAGUCAAACUUCUGUGCACAAGAAAUCCAAGGACUCCAAAAAUUCCUCAGUAGCUAUUCACCCAAAUAGCAAAACUGUGGAGGAAAAAAAGGGGCCCUCUAGAGAGGCUGGGGAGGAGACCAGCAAGCCAAGCCCAGAGUCCCACAGUGAAGAUGCCAAGCCAAGAAACACAGAGAAAGAUGGUGCUGCUGAAGAAUCAGAUUCUCCACCCGAGAAAAUAGUUCCUGAUACCACAGGGAACGGGGAAUGUCCAACAUCCUCUGAAAACACCAGAGACGGGGAAAACCAGAGCAAAGACUUGGAAAAUCCUGAAAACACCAGUUGCCACGAUGAGGUAGUAUCCCAGUGAAUUGUCACAAACCCACACAUAAGUUCUGGUUAAGGAAGUGAAAACUACUGUCUAAUUUAUCCUGAAGAACAGAGAUGAGGUCACAUUUGAAAUGUUAGCCACCUGUGACUUGCCGUCAGCCCUUCGUUCUUGUUUGUAUUUUGGAUGACAGUAAAAUUGGAUAUUUAAUAAGAAGUUUUUAAGACCAAAUCCAAUAAAAGAAUAUAUUUAGGAUGCAUUUCCAAAUUCUGUACACAGUCGUCACUUUACAAAUAUUUUCAAGUUAUCUAGAACGAAUCGAGUAGCAUUUGGUACUCAACCUGUUCUCUGGAGAGAUUCAUGUGGAAAUCAAGACCCUGUCAUGACGCAUUGCCCCUGGCUUUAGAUUCAUUCUGAAGUUGGAAGGAUGAAGUUGGGUCUCCUCAAAUGUUGCAGCACCUCGGUGUUCUUAGCUCGGGUUUCUGCAGUGGCUGCUGUUCCCACUUGUCCGUCAUCCUGUUUUGCCCCCUCUUCUGGCUCGAACCGCCAUCAUUGUCGGCUUCUGUGAGUUUUCUAGGACACAUUAGGACCCUCUCCUAUGCCGACAUCCAGGUGGAAGACAGGGACAUCUUCUUCCUGGAUUUCUGAUUUCAAGAUUUUUUUCUUUAAUGUUUAGAAUAAUAAAAAAUAUUUUCAGUA